AUGGAACCUGAUUCGGAAGAUGAGUUUCCACUACAUGUAGAAGCCAGGCGGUCGGGGAUCAAGUACACCACGACUAGCUCGAGCAUGGAGCCUCGUACAGCUCAUGGCCCAAGUGCGCCCUUAUCUCCACGACAGACAUCGUUGUUUGAGGUUGACGAUGAAUACCCUGCUCCUCAGUCUAUAAUAACGCAGCCUUCGAACGUCAACCGCUCAGACCCGGAAGAUUAUGCCCAUCCCAAACCUUUGCCAACGCCCGGCAGAUCCGCGACCUCUAUUCCACCAAACUUGCUCCCUUCUGCCCCCGCUUCCCCUCCGACACCGGCACCCUCCCCAGGUCCCCAUUCAAGGGCACCCAAUUGGACGUUCGCUGGAGAGAAUGAAGUUGGGUUCCUCCGAGAAUCAACAAGAUACUUUGAGAGGUUGGACUCUGCGCAAAGAGAACGCUUCCUCGGCGAGCUUCUAAAUAUGUGUAACAACCAACAACUUGUUUUCGUCCACAACUUUGUUGCACCAAAACUGAAGAAGGAUCCCUUCCUUCACCUUCCGAACGAACUUUGUCUGAGAGUGCUCUCUUUUGUUGAUGACCCCAUUACACUGGCAAGGGCUUCGCAAGUUUCGAGGCGAUGGCGCGAGCUGUUAAACGAUGACUUGGCGUGGAAACUGCUUUGCGACAAGUAUGCGUAUCGUCGGAUGUCGAAUGAAACAUUAGAUCUUGUGGAGCCUCUGUCCCUUCCACAGGCGUCUCGAAGGCCAUAUGGAUAUGCAAUCCGAUCAGCAAAACGUGGACUGGAAGCCACCAUCAGUGGACCAUCUGCAAGUGCACCGAACUUGACCACGUCUACGCUAAGCUCAGCCUCCAGCAGUCCACGUAUCAAGCGAAGGCCCAAGACAACGAGCUACAGAUCACAUUUUAAACAGAAAUAUAUGGUUGAAGCUGCCUGGAGGAGAGGCGGCGAAAGCAUUAUAAAACAUAUCACACCAGACCAGGGGGUUGUUACAAGUCUUCAUCUAACCGACAAAUAUAUCGUCGUUGCGUUGGACAAUGCAAAGAUACAUGUUUUUAAUACCAUGGGCGACCAUCAAAGAACACUUCAGGGCCAUGUGAUGGGAGUUUGGGCAAUGGUGCCAUGGGAGGAUAUGCUGGUUAGCGGAGGAUGUGACCGUGAUGUCCGCGUGUGGGAUAUGGCGACAGGAGCGAGUGUACAUACCCUUCGAGGCCACACUUCUACUGUUCGAUGUCUCAAGAUGGCAGACAAAAACACCGCUAUUUCUGGGUCACGCGACACAACGUUAAGGAUAUGGGAUCUACGGACAGGUGUUUGCAGGAAUGUCUUAGUGGGCCACCAGGCUAGUGUUCGCUGUCUCGGUAUCCACGGUGACAUUGUGGUUUCGGGCAGUUAUGAUACGACAGCAAGAAUCUGGAGUAUUUCGGAAGGACGGUGUUUACGAACGCUUACUGGACAUUUCAGCCAAAUUUACGCCAUCGCCUUUGAUGGCAUCAAAAUCGCCACCGGCAGCCUGGACACCAGCGUGAGAAUAUGGGAUCCCACCACCGGAGCAUGUAACGCUAUCUUACAGGGACAUACAUCUCUGGUGGGACAACUCCAAAUGCGUGGCGACACUCUUGUCAGUGGCGGCUCUGAUGGGUCUGUUCGAGUAUGGUCCCUCUCAGCUGGUGCGCCUCUUCACCGAUUGGCCGCACAUGACAACAGCGUGACAAGUCUGCAAUUCGAUGACGUCCGGAUUGUCAGUGGGGGAAGUGAUGGACGUGUCAAAAUCUGGAGUUUGAAGACUGGCCAAUUGGUUCGAGAGCUGAGUCAGCCUGCUGAAUCGGUAUGGAGGGUGGCAUUUGAGGAAGAGAAAUGCGUUAUCAUGGCAAGUCGAGCGAAUAGGACGAUGAUGGAGGUGUGGUCGUUCUCCCCACCCGAGGAACAUCCCAUGCUUCGAGAUACAUCCAGCAGCCCUGACAGCAUGCCAGACCAGCACAUGACUUUGCAUUCGGAUGGUGAAUCUGACAUCCCUGAUGGAGAUAGUACGAUGCGUGAUACUUGA